AUGUACUCGUGGGCGUCGAAUCUGCGCAAGCAUCUCAAGAUGGGCUGCGGCAUGGUCACCUUCGAGACGCACUUCUCCUGCCAGUACUGCCCGUACAGAUCGCGGAUCGAGGCGAGCUUUCUCAAGCAUCUGCUCUCGUGUCGUACUAUAGACUCCAUGUGGUGUCGUCGUUGGCAUUCAAGAUUCUGCGAGAGCGAUCUGCGACUAUUAGUUUAUCCGCUCGCUUUGGAGGACUGGGAGAUGGUCGACAGCGACACAACCAGCAGACUCGGUAACUAUGCCGGACGCAAGAUCAGAUUCAAGCGCGAGUGUAUGGAACAUAGGUACAGGUGCUCGAAAUGUGCCAAGUCGUAUCGAUGGAAGCAUCACCUCGUGGAGCACAUGAAAGCCUUCUGCGGUCAGAAGAAGGAGGAGUGCUGUCCGUUCUGCAGCUACAAGAGCAAUCGCAAGUGGAAUCUCAAAUCGCACAUGAAGAGAAUCCACGCGAGCACAUAA